AGGAAAAAUAUUUUUGCGUGGUAAAAAAUUUUUUGUGCCAUGGCGGGCCCCCCCCUUACGAAGUUGGGCCCCCCCUUGAAAAAUUUCUGCGUACGCCACUGGAUGUAAGUGACGGGAUGACUACAACCUAUACUUAUGCUAGAAAUAAAGAAUAUCCUAUUAAUUGAAAUUUUCGAUUUUUCCACAACAUAUCAUUCCUAAUCAUAAGAAGAUUGUUAUUUUCGAACAUAUUUCUUCACUAUUUUUUUGGAAACCCGAAAUUUGCGCACGAAUCAUUUGCGCACUAGAUAAAGUUUCAUAUUUACAAAUGAGUAAUCAUAUAAUUCAAUCAAUCAUAAACUAUAAUGAUUAGACGUAGACUUUUUGAUAGGUUGAGCUCAUUUUGAGAACAAAUGUGUUACAUAUAUGAGAAAUGAUCAUUCACAUUCGAAAUAAUUCAUUAUCAAUUAUUCUUUGUCAAAUUCACUACUACCACAAAAGAUCAUGCUUUAAUGAUAUUAGAUGGUUAUUUAUAUAGUUAAGGUCGUCGAAUCGACACGAAAACGUAUUGGCGUUGUGAAUAUCAUAAAACUUUUAAUUGUCAUUAUCAUAUACAUAAAUGUAAUAAUUCUAUUAGUAAAACACAUGUUAUGAUAUUAAAACAACAUCUAAUAUUUACAUUAAGAUCGUUUGAGCCAAUGUCAACGAACUAGUCGUUAAAAAAAAGAAGUAUCAAUAUCUCGAUAAACGAUUACUUAAUCUUGUUUCAAAUCCUCAUCAAAACAUUAUCGAUCAAAUAAUUGGUAUAGCACAUAAUAUUGCUCUAUAAUUUAAUAACAUUAUCGGAUUAUAAUGACAUCUUGAUUUACAUAUAUCUAUACAAUAACAACAACUUAAAAUUUAUUUUUUUUACUUUGUUUACAUACUUAAUUGCUAUAUUUAUUAUGUUGAAAAUAAAAUAGAAAUUUUGUUUCUUCUAUUAUCUCUUUGUAUUUUUGCUGUCUUUCGAAGUAUUAAUAUGAACUUGAUCUUGUGCGCAACUUUCGUAGACCCAUUAUUUUACUUAUUCCUUCCGGAAUACAAUAGAAAAAAAAAAAGCAGAUGAGACUUACUGAUUUGCGAUCUGUAAUAAUCUCUUACUAUUGUUGUGUAACCAUUGUUAGAAUCAUAAAUUGAUUUUUCUUUCGAUGUGUUUAGACCAUUGAAUACUCGUUAUAAUGAAAGUGGUAUUCAUAGACGUCCACAUAAUAUACAUGAACGUGGUAGUAAAACAACUCGUACUAUUGUACAUCGUACAAGUCGUUUGAAAACAAAUCAAAAAUCAAAUACACAACAAAAAAAUGAUGGAGAAAUGUUAGUUAGAUUUUUUUAA